GACAAAUAAUCAAUUUUUUAGAUAGCUAAUCGUUCCUCAUAAGUUAGAGAGAAAAUUAAACGGCGGUAAGGAUUUCCAAGAUUUAUUUACAAAACAGUGUCGCAGUGACAGAAAAUAUUUGUGAAAAAUGCUUCAUUGAGCCCGUCGAGAAACAACAGCCAUGGAUGGACCAAGGAAGCCGGGAGGAUUUUUGAAGCCACGAUCCGGAUUCGCGACUACAGCCAUUCACGCCGGCCAAGAAGCAGAAAAAUGGAAGUCAGCAGCGGUAGUACCACCCAUUGUAACAUCCACCACGUUCAAACAAGUUGCGCCUGCUGAGCACUCUGGCUUCGAAUAUGGAAGAUCUGGGAAUCCGAUGAGGAAUACUUUGGAAGAAUGUCUCGCGGCGCUUGACGGGGGAAAUCAUGGUUUUGCUUUUGCGUCUGGCCUUGGAGCGAUCACAUCUAUUGUGGCGAUGCUUAGCAAAGGGGAUCACAUCGUAGCGAUGGAUGAACUUUACGGUGGAACAAGUCUUCUGUUUAGAAACGUCAUAUCAAGGUUGGGAAUUGACGUAACGUUUGCAGAUAUAACUGAUCUGGGAGUUUUAUGUAAUGCGCUUCAAGAUAAUACCAAGAUGCUCUGGAUUGAGACACCUACAAAUCCUCUAAUGAAAGUGGUAGAUAUUGGGAACACAGUAAGAAUAGUCAAACGCCGGGGUCCUAUCCUUGUGGUGGUGGACAACACUUUCCUGACGCCUUACUUGCAAAGGCCAUUGGAGUUUGGAGCUGAUAUCGUGGUGUACUCGCUAACAAAAUAUAUGAAUGGUCACUCUGACGUUGUCAUGGGAGCGGCUGUCGUUGAUGAACAAGCUGUUGCUGAAAAGCUUAGGUUUUUACAAAAUGCAAUGGGAAUUGUACCGUCACCAUUCGACUGUUACCUCGUAAACAGAAGUUUGAAGACAUUAGCGUUACGAAUGGAGAAACACAGGGAGACUUCAAUGAUAGUAGCGCGGUAUUUAGAGAGGCACCCAUUGAUUGAAGAGGUUAUGCAUCCAGGUCUCAAAUCUCAUAAAUGUCAUGAUAUAGCCAAGAAACAAACGGCUGGCCAUUCCGGUGUGUUCAGUUUUAGACACGCCGGUGAAUUAGAGCACUCGAAGAAGCUGUUGAGCGGCUUGAAAAUAUUUACUCUAGCUGAAAGUUUGGGAGGAUACGAGAGCUUAGCUGAAUUACCAUCCUUAAUGACCCACGCGUCUGUUCCUGAACAACUGCGAACGGAACUUGGUAUAACACACACCCUUAUAAGACUAUCCAUUGGACUAGAGGACGCUCAAGAUCUUGUGAGAGACUUGGAUCAAGCCUUACAUUAUGCUUUUAAUGACACUGACAUUUAUGUUGAUCAUCUUCGACCUUCGCAAAUCAGACCCUCCGUGGAUCAUAUACGAUUUCCUGGCCCUGCCAGUGAUGAGAAUGUAUCACCCGAGCGACCUCCAGAUAAUUGAAGCAAGGAAUCAUGAUCAAAAUGAAAUUGUAGAAGUAUUUUUAUUAUUUGUUAUUGUUUUGAACUAUUUUUUAGUU